AAGAGGUCCAUUGCGAUAUUACGAUUAUUGGUAAAAUAUUGUAAAAUUCGUAGCCGCUGGAUAUUGACUUUAAACAGUUUGUGUUUUGUGUGGAAGUUGAAUUGAUAAAUGAUAGAUAAAAACUAGUUUUCAUGCUUAUUUUCGGUUCGAAUGAUCAAAAUGUGGGACUCACCAUACUUGAGUUGUUUGGUUCUGUAUAUAUUUUCGUUCCAAAUUAUUGUGAUAAAUUCACGCACAUCUAAUGUUUGGAAAUUGAACCCGGAAGAAGACCAGAUCGUUGACGGUACUACUCUGUCUCAGGAUGACUCUGAAAAAGCGAGAAUGGGUGAAGAGGACCCUGUCUUCAACAUUAUAACAUCUACAGUGUACUAUGGGAACACAUGGACUAAACAUGGCUUUGAUAUGUUUUGCACAGAUUGUCAAAUAUAUGAGCAACAAAGAGCCGGUGUUGAAAACAGUGAUGAAAGCACAACGUCUGAAAUGAAUGGUGAUGUGGACGAUGAGUACUUAGAUUGCGGUAAAGCUGUCAAUUUCACGUACUAUGACAACUUGGUUGGUGUGGCCAGGCGUCAUAGACAUCCUAAUGUACCUGAGCCUCAGGUGUCGCUAAUAUUCCCAAAGAAGAAAUCAAACGGUUUGUCGCCGUCUGAAAUCAAUGGCUUCGAGAAGCGUCUAAAGAAAGCAAAGCGAGAGAAGCCGAAGUCAGUACAAUUGUACAACCAAAUCGGAAACUUCUGGAGAAUCAAGGGCGAUACGAGGCAGUCUAUCGAGUGCUUCAGGCGGGCACUCGCUGUGUCACCUUAUAAUGCGGAAGUCCUGCUAAACCUUGCAAGGGUGCUAUUCACCUUGCAAUACUUGGACGACGCGAUCUACCUGACGCGGCGGUCGCUAGAAGUACAGCCGCCGGACCGCAGCGCGUGGCAACAAUACUUCACGCUCGGCGAAAUAUUCAAGGCAUAUGGACAUUAUCAGGAAGCGGCAAUGCACCUGAGACACGCUCUCGACUUGAAACCGGACUACGAACCCGCUUUAGCCGCACUCAAAGACAUCGAGAACACACCGGAGGCAUCAGUGCAUGUGUAUACGCUCCUUAUUAUUGUGUGUUUGGUGAUGGGAGUUUUACUGGUCAUACUGUCAUCAGUGGACAGCGGGGGCGAUGUUGAAGAGCACAAGACACAACGGCAUUUCAACCGAGCUAUGGCGAUGCGGUCCCUCCGCGGCGUGGCUCUGCCCGGCUCCCGCGGACGCAAGAAAGGAGGCUCCUAAACACAAUACUAGCGAUAAAACUGAGUUUAUGAUCUUUGGUCGUGUUCCUAAAUUGAUUUGUUAACUUUUUUAUGUGUAAACUUUUCAGAACAUAGUGUUCGAAAUUUGAAAGUGACAUUUGUUUUUUUUCUUGUGUUCUGAUAAGUUUUUAUGUUCGGGAAGAAAUUGUCUGUGGUAAUAAUGAUGAGUCUGCAGAUAGUUCUACCAAAUAGAAACUGAAAUCCCAGUUUUGUUAGUUUUUAAGUUCUUUUUAAACUUAUGAAGGAUCCCAGUGUUGGCAAUAUUUUUUUACGCCAUCGGAUCCGUGUUGUUGUUUUGUUUGAAGGAGAUCGUAAACUCAGUGCGUAUGAACAACUCUCAUUACAAAAAUUUAAGGCUUGAUAAAACAAAUUACGAGUGAUGUUGUCGUAUAGUAACAAUGUUUUUAUUAUAAUCGCUAUUGGUGACCCGUGGGAUUCAACCGAAAUGGAUGUUGUGGUACUGUUCUCUUAAAUUAAGUUUUUUUUUUAUUUGUACCAAAAAUAACAUUUUGUAUUUCAUCAAGUUAACUUUGGAUGAUGGUUAUGCGAUGUAGAUAUUCUUGAAAAAAAGUCCGAAGGAGCACUUAGUAUAUGCGCAUCUCUUUUACUUGACUAUUUCAUUUGAACCAUACUUUUUGCCGUGUUUUCCCCAUCUAUCAUUCUAUACGUAAACUAAUAUUGACGAAGGGGCAACUAAUCUUGUGCGUUAAAAACUAUAUGAAUGAGAAUAUAACAAUAUUAUAUGCCUAUCUCCAUCCCAGUGUAAAUCACCUGACACCACCCCUACCACAAAAUUUUCCUCUUGUUGCGGUAUCAAAUGAAUGAUUGAUUCCUAUAGCACGUUUUUUUUACUUUGUAUGAUCACAUCUACUGCAGUCCAAAGUUGGCUCAGACUCCCCGACAUUUUAAGAGCAAACUGAAAAUUGACUGCCUAGUGAGCGCUGGACGCACCCCUAGGUUAUCAAUACCGAUAUCGGUGAUAUACAUAUUUGUAAAAGACUUCAAAACUUAUUUAUAUUAAUUUCGGUUGCACUUAGCUUUGGCAAUGGCGAGAAUAGUUAACUUGAUGACAAUAUAUCUGCCCUAUUGUGUUGUGAUUAUGCCUAACUAGAGAUGCUACGACAAAAUGUUAAUGGCUGGUUGUGCUAAUAACUUAUUAAUAUUAUAUUUAUGUACUUACAGUUUAAUGGAACAGUACUAUCAAUCAGAGGCUAAUGUACAAAUAUUCUUUACGUAACGUGACCAAAACGGUCUUGCCAUGUCUUAUUUUGAUCUCUGCUUUGUAGUCUUCAUCACGUCGCGGUAAUACUGACGUGGUGUACCUUUAUAGCAGUUUGGAAAUAUAUUACAAAAUGGCUUUUCAUUAUAUUUACCUUUUAUAAAAAUACAAUCUACAAAUCCGCUCCGUUCUCGUUUAAUAUAUUUGUAUCUUAAGAUAAGAAAGUUCUUAUUUUUAACAGGAAUAAAUGCUUUGGUAAGCAAUAAUAGAAUACUAUUUGUAGCUAGUUUGUAAUAUUCGAAUAUUGAACAAGCUCGAAUUUCAAGUUACUGUUAUAAAGCGGAGGUAAAUGUCGAAUAAUACUGUAGAGUGGAGUAUUCCACCGAUGAACAAUAAAACUGCUAUGUAUGGGAGAACACGUAAUCCGUCAAGUUCAAGAAGUCAGAGCUGGUAAUGGCGUGCCAGCCUUGCAACGAGCGUAUCACUUUUGCAACCUAGUCAUUCACUUAGACAAGUUUGGCUCGAUGUCAGAGCCUUGUGUGUGUAUUUUGUUUAGUAGUGCAUGCAAAUAAAACUUGUUAAGUGUUCGUAGCGUCUAAGGAUUUAAAACGGAGGAGCAAGUCUUAAAUUCGAGAUUGGUAAAAAAUGUACCUGUUUUCAAUGGUUCUUUUGUUAAUUUUUGACUAUUUAUAAUACAUGAUUGUCCUAGCAUCUA